AACGAACGAGCGAGAGAGAGCAAGAGAGAGAAGGAGAGAGAAAGAAAGAUGGAGAUAAAAAAGCGCUCGUUGUGAAAGAACUACCGUGAGGCUUGGCAAAGUUGUCAGAACAGUCACCAGCCGACCAGCGACUAACGGCGGCCGAUCACGGCCGACCAAGCCGGUCCACCAGUCGGUCCACUUACUACGGCUGUCGCGACUGCCGGCCAAUCAGCCAACUCGACUAUCACGCCGCAUUCAUCCGCACUCAGCCGCAUUGCGCUGCGCUUCGUUGAAUCGCGCUGCGCUCGGCCGAGGAGUUCAGGUUCUGAGCAGUCUAACAAUCAGUGCAGUUAGUGCGUCACGAACCUUCGUCGCGUGUUCCCACGUUCAUGCGUUUAACGAUUCUAGUGUUUUAAGAAACGAAUAGAAAAAUGGAAGGAAGAGAGAUAAAAAAAAUGAUGAUCACAACGCAAGAUGCAUUAAAAAUUGUGUCGAAAUUGUGUAAAUCUCAUACUCAUCAUCGCGUACGUGCUCCAUAAUAGCCGUGAAUCAGAGACGGUUGUCAGGUAGGUGUUCCAAUUCUUCGUGUCUCCCUCAACCAUAUAUUACAAGUUGCUCUAAUUUGUGGAUAUGUGUGAUGUGACUUAAAUGUAUUACAUCGUAAGAUUUACGAGUCUCCGAAUGUGAAAAGGAAUAGAAAAGAAUAAAAAAGAGAUACGGUGAAGAAGAGGGUGAUAAGGAGAAAAAGAAAUUAAGUGAAAAAGAAAAGGAAAAAGGAACGACAUGGCGCCCCCCGACAGAUCGCCUCGCCCUACCUCCGGUCUCAGUCUCUCCGUGCUAGACUUGGCGCAGAUACGAGCGUUGGUCGAAUCAACGGGGAUGUUGGAUGGAUCUACAUGCCCAUCUUGCGAAAUGCCAUUUGACAAAGGAAAAAAACGUCGCCUAAUUGAUUCCUGUGGUCACGAGCGCUGCUAUUCCUGUUUAUUUCGCAAUGAGAUCUGUCCACUCUGCCUGCGUGAUUACGAUUUCAACGACAAUGAUGACAGGUUGGAAGAGCAAUCUCUCGGGAACGUUUGCUCGGCUCCAAUGUCCACCUAUGCGUCUACGGAUAGUUGGCUUGAUGAGCCGUCGACAAUGAAUUCUCUCAAUAACAGCCCUAGACUACGUACCAAUAUCACUACGAGGGAUAAUCUACCGUUGCGAAUUAUACACCAGCGAGGCGCGACAGAGAAUCUCUCGUUGACUACAAUAGCUAAGGAUCUAAAAAGUAUGGCUUCGGUAGACCCUUCUGUCUCUCAAGAUCGGCAAAAACUCAAAAUGAUACAAAGUUGUCCCACACCAUCGAAUCAACGAAGAAGAUUUUUCCUCAGCCCAAAAAUGCUCAGAAACUCCUUUGCCGUCCAGAGAUCUUCGAGACACGCAGCAUCUUUGUCCGACCCGGUCGCAAAUGACAAUCCUUCUACAUUGUCAGUUUGGAUGACAUCGUCCUUGGAAGGAAAAGCGAGAUGGCCUGGCGUUGUUUUGGGAAAAAUCAAGUCUCUAUGGAGUAGUAGUCAAGGCACAGCUAACGAUGGGCUAAAUCAGCUUAUCGGCUCGUCGAAUAAAGUUGCAGAUGAUGAAGGUGGUUGCGUAAAACCACUGUCUUCAAAAAUUAGGAAAUCGUCACAGUCGGACCUGUACAUGAGACUGGGUCUGCUAUUGGGGUCUAAUCGAGCAAACGCGAGUGUAGAAUCAAGCGCAUAUUCAAGAGCUUCAAUACAAGGGCAUGAUAGUUCCGUGGCAUCUUUCAGCAGCUUAACCAACUUUGACACGCAAACACUUGCAUCAACAAAUACAAGCCCAGUGUCGACAUUAACAGGCACAUCGAGUGAAGCGGAAGCCGCGGCGGCACUACGAUGUCCCGUUAAGCCGAAGAUCAAAGCCAAGGAAAAGACUAAAUUUAGAGACUGCAACAGUGUUGGCAGCUUGGCAUCCAUCUCUACAUCGUUAUCCGCAUCCACAUCUACCUCCAUGUCUAUGUCCAUAUCAGUAUCAGGCCUCUCAAACAGUAGCUCCAGUCCGUUUGUAUCCAGAAAACAUUCCGUCAAUGCCACACAAGUAAGUCAAACUGACGAGCUUGGUCAGCUGAAGAACAAACGAUCCUUCACUCGGAGAUCAGCAAAAGCUGGCAACGUUAAAGGUCCAGUAGAUACAAAACUUCGUUUUAUUCAGCGUCAUAUGACACAAUUAAACCUGAAGCCAUUAUUUUUCGAAGUGCCGUUACUAGAAGAAGACCCACUUUUCGCAGGACGACAGUGGUUAUUACAUGAAUUAGAAUGUGUGAUCAAUAGCUCCAGUCCUGGUAUUUUAAUUUCCGGAUCACCAGGCACGGGAAAAACUGCACUUGUUUUGCAAUUGGUCGAACACAGUUGUUUCGGAAGAAGAAGAAAGCACUCAACUGCUGCGGAAAUGAGCGAAGAAUGCAAUGAGAGAGAAAAACAAAAUACUAACGUGAUUCUGCAAACCAACAUUAGACAUACUAACGAAAAGGUUCGCGAAUUAGCAUCACACGUUGUUGCGUAUCAUUUUUGUCAAGCUGACAAUAACAGUACCUGCUUAGUCCCAGACUUAAUUCACUCGUUAGCAGCACAACUCUGCCAAGCUCCUCAAUUGAUCUCAUAUAGGGAAUACCUCUUGUCCGAGCUUCAUCUUCAAGGCUCACUGUCGCAAAGGGAAUGUACUGUUGAUCCAGAUCUUGCGCUCUUGAGAGGUAUUAUCGAACCGCUUUUGACUUUGAAGAAAGCUAAUAAACUGCCAGCUUCAAAUAUGGUAAUAUUGAUCGACGCCAUUUGCGAGGCAGAGUAUCACAGACCGGACAGAGGAGAUACUAUAGCUUCUUUUCUAACGAGGCAUGCAUCUAACAUUCCUAGUUGGUUAAAAAUCAUUUGCACCGUUAGAACGCAGUUGCUGGAUUGCGCGAAACAACUACCAUACAUAAGGAUCUCAUUAGACAAAACCACAAAUGAUGUAAUCGGUAACAGCAUCGCCAAAGAUUUAUCUGAUUACAUCGGUUAUAGAUUAGCGCAAAGUUCUUCCAUCCAAUCAAAUGUGACUGCAUCGGUAAAUGGUAAAGCAGAAUCAUCGUGCAACGCGAAUCAGACUAAAUUCUCUUCCCAUUUGCUCGCACUAGCAAGAGGUAGUUUCCUCUUCGCUAAGUUGACACUUGAUCUUAUUGAAAGUGGACAUUUAGUUGCUAAAUCUGCGAGUUACAAGGUAUUACCGGUUUCUCUUGCACAGAUAUUUCAGUUACAUUUUAACUUGAGAUUUCCUACGAUGGCAUCGUUCGACAAAGUACAACCUCUUUUGGCUGUUUGUCUAGCAGCUUUAUAUCCAUUGACAUUACCUGAAAUUUUCUAUUCCAUCAAUUCUUUAAAUAUAGAUCAUUUUAUUUCAUGGGAUGACUUUUUACAGAGAUUUAAGAUGCUCUCUGGCUUUCUUGUGAAACGCUUGGACAAUACAUACAUGUUCUUCCAUCCAUCAUUCAGAGAAUGGUUGAUGAGAAGAGAUGAAGGAGAAUCGACCAAGUUCCUGUGUGACUACAGACUCGGCCAUGCGGCAAUAGCAUUCAGACUGUCUCGCCUUCAAACACCGUUGGAUGGUGACAAAGCUUUAGAAUUAGGUCAUCAUGUGUUAAAAGCACACGUUUACAGAGGUGUAGCACCAUGCUGGCCUUCGCGCGAUUUACAAGCAAUUUGGAUGACUUUAUCAACUGAUUGCAUCUCAUCAGCAUUGUGUACGCUUCGAAACAUUUACAGUCCAAAUGUAAAAGUAUCACGAUUGCUCCUGUUGGCUGGUGCAUCACCGAAUCACAUUACAGAGUAUUUGGGUAACGCACCAGCUCUCUGCAUGUAUGCUCACGAAGGUUCUGUCGAGAUGGUGUCUCUUCUUCUUGAAUUUGGUGCUGAUGUCGAAUUAACCAACAGUCAAGGCUGUACCGCGCUAUCACUGGCGGCCGCUCGGGGGCAUUGCGACGUUGUCAGAAGAUUGGCCGCUGCUGGAGCCUUAUUAGGACAUGUAGACAUGGCUGGCCAAUGUCCUUUAGUGCAUGCGGCAAGACACGGAAGACUAUCCGUGGUUGGAUAUCUUCUUGCUUGCGACUGGGUUGUCCCAUCCAGUGAAAACAAAUCGGAAAGUAGUGCUUUGGAAAUAAGCAGAGAAGAAGCCGCCCAACAAGCUGUUGUCGCGGCAGCAUCACAGGACCACGAAGAGGUUGUAGAGUAUCUUUUGGACAUGGCAGAGGUGAUCGUAGAUCGUUCCGAUACAUUGAUGGGCGAGACCGCUCUAACGAUCUCAGCUGCAAACGGUUCCACUGCGACGGUUUCUGCGCUUUUAGCUCGCGGUGCUAACCCUGCAGUUGUGAACACGAAAGGCUUUUCUCCUCUCAUGCUCGCCGCCAGGGAAGGACAUUGGGAUACUGCUGAACGACUUUUGCAAGGAAAUUUAUCCAUCAGUACGGCUACAAUAUCAGACGAAAUUAUGUCGCUUCUAGAACAAUAUGAUUUUGCUGGGCGUACUGCUUUAAUGUUGGCCGCAUCUGAAGGUCAUACUAAUUUACUUGAGUUGUUUCUCGAUAAAGGAUCGAAUCUAGAAAUAAAGGACAAGGAGGGACUUACUGCUCUCGGUUGGGCUUGUGUCAGAGGACGCGUAACCGCCGUUCAAAUGUUGCUCGAUCGCGGCUCUGAUGUUAAUACGAAUGACAAUUCUGGUAGAACUCCUUUGGAUUUGGCUGCAUUCCAGGGUAAUCCAAAGUUAGUACAACUGUUACUCGAGAAAGGAGCCGCGGUGGAACAUGUUGAUCUUCAUGGUAUGCGACCUUUGGACCGAGCUAUUGGUUGUCGCAAUAUACCAGUGGUUCAGUGCUUUUUGCGUCGUGGUGCAAAACUAGGUCCCGCUACGUGGGCUAUGGCAGCAGGAAAACCAGAUAUUUUAAUAAUUCUAUUAAAUAAACUUUUAGAAGAUGGUAAUGUUUUAUAUCGAAAAAACAGAUUGAAAGAAGCGUCACAUCGAUAUGCAUAUGCUCUUAGAAAAUUCCCAACUUCACCAGAAGAAGAUUGCCAAGGACAGGAACAAAGUCAUAUAAUGUCGCAGCUUCAAACUUUUACACAACUUCAUUUGAACUUUCUCUUAAAUUUGAGUCGAUGCAAGCGCAAAAUGAAUGAAUGCACUGAAGCUAUUGAACUUGCUGACGAAGCUCUCAACAUUCGGCCUGUUUCUUAUGAAGCAUUCUACGCUAGAGCUAAAGCGCGCAUAGACUUAGGCAUGUUGAAAGACGCUUUAUUGGACGUUCAAGGAGCUCUUCAAAACGCACCAGCUCAUAACAGACAAGAUCGUAGAGUGCUCACAACUUUAAAAGAUGAGAUUAUCUGUCGGAUUAAUGGGACCAAUAAAGAACACGAUAGUUACAUCGCUAGAUCUUGCCUUCGAGCAUCAGUAGAUACUCUUACUGAACUAUAAUGUAUAAUUAAAACACUUCAAUAAGUUAAAAUCAUACAACUGGAAUUUAAAUGUAACAAUAAAAAUGAUGCAAUAAUAACACUGGCCGACGUGGUAUUUGUUGUUUAAAUAAAAGUUAUCAUUUUUUUAUAUUUUUGCGCGUUAAACGCAAAUCCGACAAGUAAAUUGUUUUAUCAGGCACUUAAAAAAAAAAUUAGGUUAAAAGUGUCAAAAAUGACAUUUUUUUACAUAUUGGUGAUUUUUUUUAUUAGCAAAAUAAUUUUUUUCUAUUUCCGUUUACAUCGUCUUAAAAUGCCAACUUUUACCUUUAAAAUAGAUUUUUUUGAGGCUUUCUUUUCAUACAUUUUUAUUGAGUUAAUCUCUCAGUAGUCACGCAAGAAUAUUUUGUGCCAAAAAGACAAAAAUGGUUUUUAAGAAAAAAUUUUAUGAACUGUGACGAUUUUAAUACUAAGGUUUUUGAGGUCACUGAAUUCGAAUUUAAAGUUAGAUUUUCAAAAUUUAAUAUGGCGGAUUCAAUAUAGUGAACCAAAAAUUUGUCAUCGACAAACAAAGAUUAACUUGAAAAAAACAUAUGGCAUUAAAAAUCUAUUUAAAAGUAAAAAUUAAUCCUUUAAGAUAACAUAAACGGAAAUAGAAAAAAAUUUAUUUUGUAAGCACAAAAGUCGCAAAACAUUAAUGUCUUUUUUGACACUUUCAACCUCAUCUUUUUCAAAAAUGUGAUAGCAAUGUACCUGCCGGAUUCGUGUUCAAAAUGCAAAAUACAAAGAAAAUGGUAACUUUUAUUCAAACAACAAAAAAGUAUUAAAGUAUCGGUCUAUGUAAAUUACAAUUAUAUUGGGUACAAAAGUUUGUGCCCGAUUUUAAUAGAUGCCGUUCAGAGUUAUAUGAUAACGUUAAUGAUUAAUUAUGUGUAAAUUUUACACAUUUAUGAAAAAAAUGACAUAUUCAAUAAUUAUUUGAGACAAAAAGUUGUGUAUUUUGAUUCAUUUUACAUUAUAAAAUAAAAUUUUUUAAGUGAGCAAAGAAAAGUUGCAUUUACACCAUGAUAUGCUUUAUGAAUUUCGGAAAAAUACAACAGUUGCUGUAAAAAACAUUCAAAAUGUCUAUCAGAAUUAUGCACUAGCUAUUGUUGAGAAAUGGUGUGCGAAAUUUAGAUGUGGUAAUUUCCAACUUGACGACUAUGUUUUAACAAAAAAAAAAACUGUUAAAGGUCUUGAGUAAUUGCCGCGGCCAUAUUGAAAUCGUGAUAAAUGAGAAAUUACACAUAAAGGUUUCUUACAUGCCAUUGGUAAAUAAAAAGAAAUUUGGAUAAAACAAAGUAAUAAGAUUGCUUUAAAAUAUUUAUAACAAUAGGCCUCAACUAUUCUUUUCUCCUUUAACAGUCAGUAAAUUGUCGUAAAAAGCACGUGAAGUGAAGCUUGUUCAAACAGGCAAACACACGGACAGCUGUUAAAAAGAGUGAAAAAUAUGUUUUUAUGUAUAAAAUUCAAAAAUAACUUGUAGUCUAUUUUUAUAAAUUUAGUAAAUACGCGACAAGUCACAUUUUUAUGAAACACAUAAUAACGAAAUGACAAGGCAAAAUUCCAUCGUCAACAUGUCAUUUUUCACUAUUAGUUUUAAUUUUUUCACGUUGCUUUCGUCAACACGGAGUUGUCGGUCAACUACUUAGGAACCUUAAAGAACUUUCUGUAGUAUAGUGGCGUAGAUAAUGGCAUUGUAUGUAAUUUAAUAAAAUAAUUCACGAAUUUCAACAGAAGAGAUUGCUGAGAAACUCUAUUGAGAAAUCGAGCAUAUUUCCACAUUUAAAAGAGAUGGUACACUUUGAAGCUUGAUAUGUAAGUGCUUCAUUUACUAACUAAAGUGAACAAAUUAGCUGACUCAAAUAAAAAACAGAUUUAACGUAAACGCAAAGAAGCGUAUAAAAUCUAUGACAAAAACUAAUUUGUAUCUUGAGAAAGUAAGGCUUUUUGGUAGGAUUAGAAAAGAAUAAUUUAUUUUGAGCUAUUUUCCAUUGGUUAAACAAUUAAUUCUGACAAGUACUAGCCACAAUUAAGCAAUUUAAAGAUAGCAAUUCAGAAGAAAAGUUCAAUUCUGGCCAAUCAAAAAAAAAGUCGUUUUUCACGACAAUGUGAAAUCAUACAUUGCAAAACAGACCUUGCGCAAGCUAAAGGAACUGAAAUGAGAUAUCAUAUCACACCCACUGUUCUCUGAUUGCACCAUUGAAUUAUCACUUGUUUCAGUCUUUACAAAACGAUUUAAAUACGAACAAAUUUGCAUCUUUGAAAGCUUUCGAAAACCAUAUUUUUUCCUUCUUUAAAGUCAAGGUUGUUUUGUAAUUGAAGUAUCCACAUGUUAUAUAAAUAUCCAUAUGUUACCAGAAAAGAUUAUUAAGAAAAAAUUAUAAAAGGCGACGGCGAUUACAUUAUUCAUCAAUAAAAAAUGUUUACAUCAUUAAAUUAAAUUAAAUUUUAAUUAAAUUAUUGUUUGAGUUUUAAUAAUCGGGCAAACUUUUGCACCAUCCAAUAUUAUUAUGAAAUCAUGACUUGAUUCAAAACCAGAUUUUUAAAAAUAACUAUAUUUUAUUUAAGUUUGAAUCUUCCUUAAGACUUAACCAGUGAUUUUGCAAUAUAUUUAUGCUAAUGAUAUAAAGUCUAUCAACAAAACUACAUGGAAAAUUCACGAUCAUAUAUAAUAGAAGAAAAAUAAGAAAUUCAGUGAAUUUGUUAAAUAAUUGAUGAAUCUAUUAACAAAUAUUUAUAGCAUGAAUCUAUUAAUAAAUAUUUAUAGCUUGCAUUUUAAUUAUUGAUAUUUUGCAAUACUUUAACGUAUACGCACGCGCGUAUAUUUGUAACAAUUUUUUAUACAUUUUAUAUAUUUCAUGUAUGUAUAUAUGUAUGUGUACAUAUACGUACAUAUGUACACGUGAUAGUUUAUUAUUCCAACAUAGAAAUUGGUAUUAUAUUAUUUUAAUUUAAAAAAACUAUUUAAUUUUCCAAUAAUAAGCUAUGGACUGACAAAAUUAAAUAAAAGAUUAGCAGGCCUAUGUCAGUCACAACGAUGCUGAAUAAUAAUUUAAUUGUGUUUUUAUCAGUAUUUUAUAUUAUUAUAAAUGUAAUUGUAGGGCAAUAUUCAUGAACUUAUAUAACAUGUAAUAUAACAAUACAUAUCACAACAAUAUUACAAUGAGGUAGAGCAUGAAUAUUGCCAGAAUAUUGUGCAAAUAUUAAAAUAAUCGCCAAAAUAAAUUAUAAUGAUAUAAUGAUGACAAAUCACAGUCGUAUUACUGUAAUAUUUAAUAUUGCGAGGAAUUAAAUCAUUUUAAUAUUUUUAUAAUACAAAUAUAUCAUGUUAUUCGCGUGUAUCUGUUGGUGAUAUUACGUACUGCUCUGCUAUAUUGUAAUAUUUAUAUGAUAUACUAUGUUGUAAUAUUUAUUGCGAUAAUAUUUCAAAAUCACAUCUUAUAUUACAAUAUAAUACAAAUAUUACAGAAGUAUUGUGAUAUAUUGCGUUGUGUCUCAGUAAUACAACUACAAUAUUACGUUAUAAUAAAUCUCAAUACAUUUCUGUAAUAUUUCAUUGUAAUUUGGCUAUAGUUAUGUAAGAAACAUUCAAUCUACAUAAAAUUCCUUUCGAGAAAAAAACUUUUAAUUUUGGAUUUAAAAAUGUAGAUAUACCUACAUUCUUAAAAAUUAUUUUGUAUUAAUUUUAGGCAUUCUGUAUUAAUAUAAAGCUUGGAUCUUUUUUGUUUGAUAUAGAAAUAUGUACUGACUACUCUUACUGAUUACAAUAAUUCUAAAAUUACAAUUUUGUGGACAUUUCUUUUAUAACUAUAACCAUUUGUAAUAUUGCAAUAUUACUGAUAUAUUAUAUACUAAGAAUUAAACGCUUAAUUAUUAAUCAAAUAUGUUAAAUAUUUUUUAGUUAUAUGUAGAAUUACAGAAAUCUUUAACUCGAAUAAAGAAUAUAAAGUUCGUCACUGAUGAGAAAUA